UUGUCGCGGGUCUUGGCUAUAUAAAUCCAAACUGCCGUCCUUUCUUUGAAGAACACCUUAUAACAAUUUCUUGAACAACACUACUGGAAGAGGAAGGCAGCUCUCAACUAAUAACUAAAAUCUUCCAAGACACACAACGGCUCAACUGAAGAUUCCUGUUGAUCCCGACAUGAAGCUCAAUUUACUUGUCACCACAGUGGUUCUGCUGGUUGCCUUCUUACCGCGCUAUGAAUGUAGAGCUGUCGAGAGCCCUGACGAUGUCCAGCGCUCCACCGCUCCACAGCCCGACGCGCAGCAACAGUCUCUUCCCCUCCUGACCCGACUCGGAGAGGAAUACUACAUCCGACUGGGCAACGGGAACCGCAACUCUGCCGCGUCCGCACCGAAAGUCAUGCACCCCGAGGGCUCCCCAGCGGUCUACAACAGAGCCUUGCAGCUCCAGCUGACGCAGCGCCUUCUACAAGGCAAAGUUGGGGACAUCAAUAGGUUCAUCAGCGGCUUCGCGAACCAGCUCGACGACUCGAUGGAGAGGGGGAGGAGGUCCGACGACCCGCCGAUUUCUCUAGAUCUCACGUUCCACAUGCUUCGACAGAUGAUGGAGAUGUCCAGAGCUGAACAGUUACAGCAACAAGCCCAUAGCAACAGAAAAAUGAUGGAGAUCUUCGGGAAAUGAAAACUGCAUCAAUCCAUCCGCCAAAGAUUUGUUUUUACGUGUAGCUCAAAACACAAUUAUCUAUACCAUAGUGCUGCUUUUCCAUCUUUGUUUAUAAUGAUUUAUUUUAUAGCUUUAACUUCCAACGAUGGAGACUAAAUGGGCUUGUACAUGACUUGUGUAAUUAUCAGAUUGUAGCCUAUAUCAUGCAAGAUAAACUAUGUCCUGUUAAUUUAUAUUAGGCUACUGUUGUUAAAGUGCUCAAUCCAAACUGUAGCAUUUACAAGAUUUUUUCUUUAAGAUAUGAACACAUUUUUUGGUAGACCUUAUAGGCUUAGGAAAUUAAGUUUUAUUGUAUGUUAUGUUAUUUAAGUUUGUUAAUAAACUUAUGAGCAACCAGUCAAUUUUUGUUGUGCAAGAGAAUGUCUUAUAUUUAUAUUUUUCAAUAAAAUCUGAAAAGUUAA